UUUCAAUAAUAAUAAUAAAAAAAAAAGAGUCUGAUUAAUUAUGUAAUUUAUAUUAAAUAAAAUAAAAUUAUUUAUGUAAAAUAAACAGAAAUAAUAAUAAAAAAAAGAUAUAGCUUGAUAAAAUUAUCAAAUUAAUUAAUUUGGAAUUAUUAAUAAAAAAAAAUGCAUAAAAUGUUUCAAGAAAUACUUAAUUUGAACAAUAAUAAGAUUAUGUAUAUUAGUGAAUAUAAUUAUAGUAGGAUUAGGAUUAAUAAUAUUAUGUAUAUAUAUAAUUAAAGACAUGAAAAGAAGUACUUAAUUAACCAUAUAUCGAUCUUGAUCUUCUUUUUCUUUCUUUCUUUCUCAAAUUAAUUUCAUGAUGAUUGAACAACAACGUAGUAAAAGAGGAAGACCUAGUAAUCCUCAAAAAUCCAUUAAUCAUAAUCAUAAUGAUCAUGAAAUCAUGAAGAAGAAGAAGACUAAUAAUUAUGAUAAUGAAAUGAUGAAGAAGAGAGACAAAGAUCAUCUUCACCACAAAAAUCAUCCUAAUAAUAAUAUUCCUUCUCAUAAUUAUAAUCAUCAUCCUUCUACUUCUACUAGUUCAUCAUCAUCAUCAUCAUUAUUUAAAAGAGAAGAAGUGCCAAUGAGUGAGCUAAUUCUUGCUGCAAAAAGGAGAAAAGCUGAAUUGCAAAACACCAUUUUCUUAGACAAAGAAAGUCUCCAAAAGGAAAGAGAAUCUAUGCGGCUUAAACUUCAAAAGAUCGAGAAAGAAGCUACACCUCCCGAACAAAACCUAAUGGCUUUAAUGGAACUCGAAAAGCUAUGCGGAUACAAGUCUUCAUUAUAUCAUAUAUUAGACUAAAUCAUCAUUGUUGGUGCCUCGAAUCUUCUUCGAAGGAGAUGUUCUUUAGUAAUCGAGUGAAGAAGCUCGGUUUGUUUUUCAAAGGGUAGGGUGAUUGAUCAGAAAGAAUAAACAAGUAUACCAAACAUAGCCUUAAUUUUUUUGACACAUUAUAAGUUUGCUUUCCUCACACUUUUUACUAAUACUGUAAGUUCAUUUUUAUUUUCUCUUUUUAUUAGUAUUAACCAAAUUGGUUAUUCAAA